AUGGCUCAGGCCAGGCGGGAGGCCGAGGCGCUCCGUAACGCCGAGCGGGAAAGACAGCGACGGGCGGCCUUCGAUGAGGCACAAAGAGAAGCGGACGCUGAACGGCAGCGACAGCGACGGGCGGCCUUCGAUGAUGCUGAACGGCAGGCGGACGCUGAACGGCAGCGACAGCGGCGGGCUGCCAUGGAUGACGCCGAGAGAGAAGCGGACGCUGAACGGCAGCGACAGCGGCGGGCUGUCAUGGAUGACGCCGAGAGAGAAGCGGACGCUGAAAGGCAGCGGCAGAGGUGGGCUGCCAUGGAUGAGGCUGAACGGGACGCGGUUGCUGAAAGACAGCGACAGCGGCGGGCGGCCUUCGGUGACGCCGAGAGAGCGGCGCACGCUGAACGUGAGCGACAGCGGCGGGCUGAAUUGCCAGACGAGGUACGUGACGCAGAACGGGCGGCCAACGCGAGGGGUCACAUAGAGGGGCGCCGCAGAGCCGACCGGGCCAAUCGAGCCGCCUGUGACGCCGACUCUGUGCUGUCCGGUCGCCAGCCGGUGGCCAGGCUCGACACGGGGGCACGCGACACGGUAUGUCCGCACUGCGGCGCCCUCCUCUGGCGAGAGGAGCGGGCCACUCUGUGCUGUUCGGGGGGAAAGGUAAACCUAGAUCCCCUGCCCGCCCCGCCACCGCUGCUCCGUGAACUGUGGACGGGUGACACGCUGGAGGCACGCACAUUCAGACAGCACUCCCGGCGCCUGAACACGGCGCUGUCGCUGGCGUCUAUGAUGACACGGGAGGUGAGGCCGGCGGACGGUGGGUAUGCACCAUCAGUGAUCAUUCAAGGUAGGUUGUACCACCGCGUCGGUCCGCUGCAGGCCAGAGACGGGGAGCGGCCGUCGUUCGCCCAGAUUUAUGUGAAUGACCCGGACUGUGACGACCCGGCGGCCGAGGCCGCGCUGCGUCUAGGACACGUGCCGCUGCCCCGCGGCACCCGGGAGCCGGAGCGGGCGCGCCUGCUGACGCUGCUCGAACAGCUGCAGGUCCUGCUGCGUCAGGUAAAUCCCUAUGUGCAGGACUUUAUCCACGCCGCCGAGCUGCCAGAGGAGGAGGUUCAGCAGCAGAGACUGGUGGUAAGUGCCGACGCCCGCCCGGCCGACCAGCACCCCCGACGGUACAACCGCGCCGAGGGGUUCCGGGAGGUGGCCGUGCUGAUGGACGAGGAGCCCGUCCAUCAGGACAUCGUGCUGCGUCGCCGUGCCGAUGCCGAAGGUCCGUUCCUCCAGACGGUAAAUGAGACGCACCGGGCGUUUGAGGCUCUGCACUUCGUGCUCCUUCUGCCGUUUGGCACAGACGGCUGGCAGCCUGACCUACGGCAGGCGGUGGCAAACGGGCGCGGGGACGUGAGGGGCGUGUCGCUGAUGCAGUACUACGCUCAUCGGCUGCAGCUGCGACCCGACCUCGAUGACUCACUGUUCCGCGCAGGACGCCUGUUUCAGGAGUACGUGUGCAUGGCUUUUGCGCGCGUAGAGACCCAGCGUCUGCUGUACCUGGCUCGGAACCAGGCCGGCCUGCGUGCCGAGCUGUACCAGCGCCUACAGGACGCGCUGCCGGGGGACGCCGAAAGGGAGCUGGCCGGCGGAGACCGCGUCGGUCAGCGUGUCAUCCUGCCGGCUUCCUUCACCGGCGGGCCCCGGUACUACCAGCGCAGGUACCAAGACGCCAUGGCCAUCGUGCGAGUGUACGGCAGGCCGACGUACUUCGUGACGUUCACCUGCAACCCAAACUGGCCUGAGAUCCAGGCGGCGCUCCUGGUGUUCCACCUGAAGCUGAAGGCCCUGCUGAAGGAGCUCACCACCAGCGGCAUCUUCGGACGCUGUGUCUCCAUGCUGAUGGUGGUCGAGUUCCAAAAACGAGGUCUGCCGCACGGCCAUAUCCUGGUCAUCGUCCGGCAGGAGGACCGCCCGCGGACUGCCGACGAUGUAGACGCGGUGAUCACGGCGGAACUGCCCGACCCGGCCAGGUCAGACCAGGCGCGCCGCCUGCACGAAAUCGUGGUGAGUACCAUGGUACACCGCCAGUGCGGCGCCGCCAACCCGACGGCCGCCUGCAUGGACGGCGGCCGCUGCUCCAAGGGCUUCCCCAAGCCGUUCGCCAACGAGACAGAGUGGCGGGAUGACCAUCCGUACCCUGUCUACAGGCGGCGACCGGCGGCCGAGGGCGGCCAGGAGUUUGUGCGUGACGGGCGGCUCAUCACCAACCAGUGGGUGGUACCCUUCUCUCCAUACCUGUCCCUGAAAUAUGAGGCUCACGUGAACGUGGAGGUGUGCUGUUCGGUGCAGAGUGUCAAGUAUCUUUUCAGGUACAUCUACAAGGGCCCGGACCGCCAGAUGGUGCGCGCUGACAACCUGAUCGGCGGCGAUGACGAGAUCGCCGAGUACCAGGACAUGCGCUCGAUCGGCGCCAGUGAAGCCUGCUGGCGUCUGUUCGACAUGCCGAUGAGCCAGCGGCAGCCGAACGUGGUCGCUCUACAGGUGCACCUCGAGGAUCACCAGCUGGUGUACUUCGAGCCGGGACAGGAGCGGCAGGCGGCUCAGGCCGCCCGACGCACCCACCUCACCGCCUGGCUGGAGUAUAACCGGGAGUCGGCCGCCGCCGACCCGGACUGCCGCCGACUGCUCUACCCGGACUUCCCGUCGCGGUAUACCUGGCAGGCCGGCCAGAAGGUGUGGCGCAAACGGCGCCAACAGCAGGCGGCAGAGGCCAUCGGCCGCGUGGUGAGCCUCUCACCGCGUCACGGCGACGUGUUCUAUCUCCGCGUGCUGCUGCACCACGUCGCGGGGGCGACGUCCUUUGAGGAGCUGCGCACCGUGGACGGCGUGGUCUGUGCCACCUAUCGUGAGGCGUGCUGCCUGCGCGGCCUUCUGCAGGACGACCGCGAGUGGGAGGUGACGAUGGAGGACGCGGCGCACGCACAGAUGCCGGCUCAAAUCCGGCGCCUCUUCGUGACGCUGCUGCUCUUCUGCGCACCAGCCGAUCCGUCAGAGCUGUUCCGGCGUCACCUGGACGCCAUGUCUGAUGACUUCGGCCGUCGUCAUCGCGACCUGCCGGACGAGCUGCGCGCUGCACUAACACUGGUGGACCUGGAGCGGCAGCUACAGCAGGCCGGCAAAGAGCUCCGAGACUUCGGUCUGCCGGAGGUGACGCCCGAUCAGCGGGCGCGGGCAGCUGAGCUGCAGCAGGCCGCCGAGCUGCGCCAGCUGCCGCGGCUCAUUCAAGAGGAGCUGGAAUAUGACGCAGCAGCGCUCAGAGACCAGGUGGCCAUCCAGCUGCCCACUCUGCUGCCGCCGCAGCGCCACGUCUUCGACCUGGUGAUGACGGCCGUCGACGGGCGGCGUCCGCUGGCCGUGUUCGUGGACGCCGCUGGUGGCACCGGAAAGACGUACGUCUUCAACACGCUGCUGGCGGCGGUGCGCUCGCAGGGUAUGGUAGCGCUCGCAGUGGCCUUCAGUGGAAUUGCUGCCACUCUGCUGGACGGCGGGCGCACAUACCACUCGCGUUUUAAGGCACCGCUGCAGGUGGACGCGACAUCAACGUGCGCCAUCAGCGCGCAGAGCCCGCUGGCGGAGCUCAUCCGACGGACGGCGCUCAUCGUGUGGGACGAGGCGCCUAUGGCCCACCGUCACCACCUGGAGGCGUUCGACCGCACGCUGCGUGACGUCACUGGCAGCGAGGAGCCGUUCGGCGGAAAAGUCCUCGUGCUGGGCGGGGAUUUCCGCCAAAUUCUCCCAGUCAUCAGGCACGGUACCCGCGCACAGGUGGUGGACGCCUGUCUGCGGCGGUCAGCGCUGUGGCGUCACUUCAUUGUGGCGCCGCUGCUGGAGAACAUGCGGGCGCGGCGGGCAGCCGGGCCGGACGGUCCAGAGCUGCGGGCGUUCUGUGACUGGCUGCUCGAGCUGGGAGAGGGGCGCGCAGAGGGCCCCGAGGAUGGGGCGACACGGUGA